ACUCCCCAGGUUUUCUUUCAGCUCUACAGCUUACCCUGAUGUCUGUCAUGGAGGAUACACCAACCAGGAGUCUACACAUUAAAGAUCGACAUUUCACCUGCAGCAAAAUAAUAGGAAGGAGGUUCACUUGCUUUGCACAGAGACUAAGCCAGAGGCGAAAGCAAAACCAAUGUGAUUUAUUGAAUGAAGACGCUGGACAAUUACCAACAACUUGUUCCUCUUCUGCCUCAUCCAAGCUAAACUGGAUAACAGCAACACAACAGAUGCAUGUGGGCAAAUCACUACCUUGGUUCUCUAAUAUCAUAAGGACCAGCCACGUGAAAAUGACCCAGCAAAUGCAGAAUCUACAUCUUUCUCAGACUAAAAAGAACAGUGCUCCAUCUUCUCCUAAUGCUGCCAAACGCCUCUAUCGAAAUCUUUCUGAAAAAUUCAAGGGGAGUCAUUCUUCUUUUGAUGAGGCAUACUUUAGAGCAAGAACUGACCGACUCAGCCUUAGAAAGACAUCUGUGAAUUUCCAGGGCAAUGAAGCGAUGUUUGAGGCUGUGGAGCAGCAGGACAUGGAUGCUGUGCAGAUCCUUCUGUAUCAGUACACCACCGAAGAGCUAGACUUAAACACACCCAACAGUGAGGGCUUGACACCCUUGGACAUCGCCAUCAUGACCAACAACGUGCCUAUCGCAAGACUCCUCCUGAAGACGGGUGCCAGAGAGAGUCCACACUUCAUCAGCCUUGAAAGCAGGUCAGCACAUCUCAACACCUUGGUCCAAGAAGCACAACAGAGGGUGAAUGAGCUGUCUGCCCAGGUGGAGAAUGAAGGAUUCAGUAUGGAUAGUACAGAUAAAGAGAAACAGUUGAAAGCUUGGGAGUGGAGAUACCGACUCUACAAACGCAUGAAAACGGGCUUCGAACAUGCCAGACCCCCCGAGGUGCCAACCAAUGUCUGUCUCAUGGUAACCAGUAACACAUCACUCACUGUCACCUUUCAAGAGCCUCAUAGUGUCAACGCAGCUGUAGUGACCAAAUAUAAAGUGGAGUGGAGCGUUUCUAAAGACUUUUCUCCUUUGGCUGGGGAAAUAAUCAUGGAUAAUCUUCAGUCUUUGAGAUGCACAAUCACCGGGCUCUCCACGGGCCAACACUAUUUUGUCCAAGUCUCGGCCUACAAUAUGAAAGGAUGGGGACCAGCUCAGACCACAGCUCCCGUCUGUGCCACUCCUUCUAACUGGAAAGACUAUGACGGCAGAGAGCCCAGACACAAGGGACAGAAUGAAGCUUUGGAGCGUCUGCUACAGCAGAUCCGGGCUGCUCAUCAGCAUUACAGUUGCCGGGAAAGUUCAAAAUUACAGAGCACAGGACGAAAGCAGUCAGUCUCAAGAAGCCUGAAACAUCUAUUCCAUUCCUCAAACAAGUUUGUGAAGACCUUGAAACGGGGACUCUAUAUAGCUGUUAUAUUUUAUUAUAAAGAUAAUAUGUUAGUCACCAAUGAAGAUCAAAUACCAAUUGUUGAAAUCGAUGAUUCUCACUCCAGUUCCAUUACGCAAGAUUUUCUGUGGUUCACAAAGUUGUCUUGUAUGUGGGAAGAUAUCCGGUGGUUGCGACAAACUGUACCUAUCUCCAUGUCCUCAUCCACAGCACUGCAGGCCAGGCAGAAGAUGCUCACAGCCACAGCUCAGCUUCAGAAUUUACUUGGAACCCACAAUUUGGGAAGAGUUUACUAUGAGCCAAUUAAGGAUCGGCAUGGAAACAUCGUCAUAGUCACAAUCAGAGAGGUGGAAACACUUUAUUCAUUUUUCAAUGGUAAAUGGAUGCAGAUAUCAAAGCUACAGAGCCAGAGAAAAUCACUGUCAACUCCAGAGGAGCCAACAGCCCUAGACAUCUUAGUCAUAACCAUCCAGGACAUCUUAUCUUACCAGAAAAGGAGCCAACAGCGUCUCCCUCCUGGAUUAUACCUUGGUUACCUGAAACUCUGCAGUUCUGUGGAUCAGAUCAAAGUCCUCGUCACCCAGAAAUUGCCCAACAUUCUCUGCCAUGUAAAGAUCCGAGACAAUAGCAACGUUUCCAAAGAUGAGUGGGAAUGGAUCCAGAAGCUUUCUGUCCCUGAAUCUAUGGAAAGUAUAGCUCAUACUUCUGACUGCCCCACUCAGUUGUUCUCCUAUGAGCUCCAGAUAGCAGUGAAGGCUCUCCUGAAACAGAUCAAUCUACCUCUACACCAGGCCAGGCACUUCCGUCUCUACACACAGGAGGUGUUGGAAAUGGGUCACAAUGUCUCCUUUCUUCUCCUGCUCCCUGCCUCAGACGACGUCUGUACGGCCCCAGGACAGAAUAAUCCUUACACCCCACACUCAGGAUUUCUUAACCUCCCUCUUCAAAUGUUUGAACUUGUUCAUUUUUGUAGCUACAGGGAGAAAUUUAUUAGUCUGUAUUGCCGCCUUUCUGCUGUUGUGGAACUCGAUUCUCUGAACACCCAGCAGUCCCUGAGGGAAGCAAUCUCAGACACCGAAGUAGCAGCAGCCAAGCAAAGACACCAACAAGUCUUAGAUUACGUGCAGCAAAUAGAUGAAAUUUGGCGUGAAAUGAGAUGGAUCACAGAUGCACUCCAGUAUGCAAGGUACAAACAGCCAGGGACCUGCUUGCCCAUCAUGAAACUGAUCGACUCCUCCAAUGAGCAGAAUGAAAAGAAGGUCAAUUCAACAUCUUCACCUAUAGACUGUCUUCCAUCCCCAUCCCCAUCCCCAGAGACCCAGAGGAGAAAGGCAGUAAGUGACUCCCAGCCCUGUUCAGAUGAAGAAGGCUGCUCUGAGGUAUUUCUCCCCACGGAUAGUGACUAUGAUUCCAGUGAUGCCCUUAGCCCCCGAGAAUUGGACUUGGUCUACAUGUCAUCCCAUGACAUUUCCCAUCAGGCCAUGAGUGGCAUGAGUGGCAGUGCCCCUGAUGUCUUACAGGUGCAUGAUAUGAAGCCCUGCAUGGCCUUGAGGGGGGACACCCAGGGCCAGACCUUGGGGCCAGAUACCGACCAUUCCUGUGCUGAGUAUUUCAACAGCCUGACACUCUCAGGCUUCAUGGCCAAGAGCCCUGAUAAGAUGGUGGGCAGCUCCCAACAGCCGGUGAGCUUCUUGGGGAGGAAGAAGCUGAGUAAACACCAGCACUAUGGCUACUUCAGUCGUCACCACCGCUGGCUCCGAAUCCACAGUGAAACACAGUCUCUGUCCCUUUCUGAGGGAGUCUACAAGCAGCACCUCUCCCGGGCUGCAGACUUGUCCCAGGAGACCACUGAGGCAAAGCAGAUCAGCAUCCCCACUGAAAGGCAUCGGGGUCUACUCCUACCCCAUACCUCAAGCCUCCCUGAAGAGAAGAAAACGAAGUACCAGGACAUGCGACCAAUGGUCCGACGCAUUUACGUGGAACCUUACCCCACAGCCCUGGUGAAUGAUGAUAAGCCAUGGGUUGGACUCAGCUCCCCUCCAGGAGACCAGGGUGAUACGCAAAGGCCUAAGAACCAGGAGGUCAGCCCAGGGGACCAGACCACCUCUCCAGUAUCAGAAAUAUUUAGUAGCAUGCUUUAGGGAUCUGGACCACUUCUUUCCUCAUACCAUCCACCAUUGCCAUUUUCUCAUCUUAAUCCCAAUUCCUACUUCAUCUCCCCAGUUCAUUUUCAAAAAAGAUAGGAAUUUUAAAAGUUAGAAAAGUUAGUGGUCACCAGGUCCUUAGAGUGGAAUUUAGCUACUGUCUUUUGUUUCAGGGAGAGUUAGGGGUUGACGUGGCAGUGUUCCCCACAGACACCUGAACAGAGCCAGCUAUGGUGUAAAUUUAUGGUUCUGCUGCUUGUUAGACGAUACCUUUGCCUGUGGGACAGCCUCAAACAUCUAGAUGCCAUCUGGUUGUCAGCCUAAGAAUAUGCUAUAGGGCCAGGUCCUAGGGCUUCCAUCUUGUGGUGAAUUGAGCUAAGACAGUAGAGGAGAGGAGAAGGCAAGAUCAUAGUAUCCCAGAUCCAGAGCUGGAUGGGAACUUAGAGGUCAUCUAGUCCACCCCACCCCACCCCUCAUUGCAUGGAUGAAGAAACUGACCCAGUAAGGCCCAAGAUCCUACAGGUAGUAAAUAGCAAAGCCAGGUCACCUGACUCCAAAGCCAACACUCUUCCCACUGAAACAUUGGGCUUCUCAUCCCAUCCCUACUAUCCAUGAGCCAUUGAAGGAACUAGAACCUCAAGAAGGGUUGGAGAAGGAGACUGAGGCAUUGUCCACAGGGCACAGAGUAAAGUGGGGUUCUCUGAAUGUUCUAGUUCAUAGGAUGGCCUCAGACAGCUCAACUUGACCUUUUCAAACCCAGGUGUGUUUUGUAAGGCCCAAAUGAGCCAUUUUGAAUGCUUACAUUUUUCCUA